AUGGCUACCAAACGAUCCGAAGCAUGGUCACCCGCGGACAACGGUACGGUAAGUCGCCGGCGAGGGAGACGCCUGAAAUCAGCAACAAAGGCGACUCCAAGUGCGAAGGUGUCUCGCUUCGAUGUUAUAGAGUGGCUCCAGGCCAUGACUACCUCACCACGGCAUCGUCCGGAGUCGGAGAUCUUCCGGUUGUCUGAGUUCUGGACGGUGGAGAUGGAGGCGCAGGUAGAUGAUCGUAUGAGCACCGCAAAUGCUCUUAGGCUUGUGACGGGGCUGCCUACCUUCUCUCGCGAGGCAAUGGUCGACUACGUUGCCGCCGAGCAUCUCAGACAGGCGAAUCAGAACGUUCAACUGGAGAUAAUGAGGAGGAGAGAAGCGUGGUACAAGAGCGAUACGGAGAAGUGGAAGAAGAGGUUUACAGAAGAACCCACUACCGCUGAGGAUGCAGAAGAAUUCGCCGCCGAGGUCAACCAAGUUCUGGAUAAGAUUGUAUCGGUCGUGGCGAAAAGAUGCUCAGGGGUUUGCGUCUGGUACACGAGUGGACCGAAAGGCAUAUAUCGCGCGGAAGGUGUUUGUACCCUACCUGGACGUGAAACACAUCAUCUCAGCGAGGUUAAGCCAGCAGAAGAGUCCAGCAUUGCGGGGCAGAUAAUGUCACUCUCUAUCUUGAUCAACAGUUACAAGUGGGGGAACCCAAAAGAGAAUGAGCCCGCAGACGAUAUGGAGUCUGACAACAGCUACGAGGCGCCUGUGGUGGUGGACACUGUAGACAUGAUAGACGUCGGCGAAGGAGACAUCGGAGAAGAUAGCGCGAAACACGAGGGUCAAGAGGAUACACGGAUGUCAACUGAGACGCAAACGAACACGGGCAUGGCCGAGAUCGAUAGUACUUCGCAUGAUACAUCGCGCGCGGACACUAAGAACGGUGUGGUAUCAGCGCAAGCAACAUCCACGGCAAUGGAGAGCGGGUCGAAGGAGCGCACCAAUAUAAGCAUGAACCACAAUCUCACGGUCGAGGAGGGCAGCACGAGGGAAGGCAGACGGAAGUUCAAACCCACUGAGAAGUAUAGGUACUGGGUGGGCACUCGGAGCAACGGGAAUACGGCAGAUGCUGAUCGCUGA